AUGCGAUACAAGAAGUUUUUACAUGCAGUUGCACGUAUGUGGAUAACCGACGAUAUUCAAGAUGUAGACGACGAUGAAGAAAAUGAAGAAAACCCUGGACCAUCCGAAUUGCGGACAAGACGCGCACCAAAAUUAGAUCCGCCAACAAGAUUAGCACAAGACAUGAAACAACAAAUAAUAGGCACUGGAAAAAUACGCCAUCCUCAAAGACGAUGCCGUGUGUGCGCUAAACAUAAUAAACGGAGUACAACGAUUCACAUAUGCAAACACUGCAACGUUCCACUUCACAGGAGUAAAUGUUUCACAAAAUACCAUACACUUAAACAUUAUUAG